GUUUCCGCCCAGCGUGCCCCGCGCUGGCUGCUGUUGCGGCCGGAGUCGGUGCCGGAGCCGUUGCUUGCGCCCCCCGCUCGCUCUGUCCCCGCUGUGAGGAGCCGCGCGCUGCCUGCCUCCCGCCAUGUCGGCCCAGGCCCAGAUGCGGGCGCUGCUGGACCAGCUCAUGGGCACGGCCCGGGACGGUUCAGUGUAUCUUUGCCUGCCUACAUCAAUCUGCAAGGGAGUUGCAGAAAAGCCUCAUGUUCAUCGAGCCGAGAUGAAACCAGGCAAAGAGUGAAGUUUACAGAUGAUCGUGUCUGCAAGAGCCAUCUCCUGGACUGCUGCCCUCAUGAUAUUCUGGCAGGAACACGCAUGGACCUGGGAGAAUGUACAAAGAUCCAUGACUUGGCGCUGAGAGCAGAUUAUGAGAUUGCAAGUAAAGAGAGGGACCUAUUUUUUGAGCUGGAUGCUAUGGAUCACCUGGAGUCCUUUAUCGCAGAGUGUGACCGGAGAACUGAGCUGGCUAAGAAACGCCUGGCUGAAACUCAGGAGGAGAUCAGUGCUGAAGUAUCUGCAAAGGCAGAAAAAGUUCAUGAGCUGAAUGAAGACAUAGGAAAACUGCUUGCUAAAGCUGAGCAGCUGGGAGCUGAAGGAAAUGUGGAUGAAUCCCAAAAGAUCCUGAUGGAAGUGGAGAAGGUCCGAGCAAAGAAGAAAGAAGCAGAGGAAGAAUACCGCAAUUCCAUGCCCGCAUCCAGUUUCCAGCAGCAGAAGCUGCGCGUCUGUGAGGUCUGCUCAGCGUACCUUGGUCUCCAUGACAACGACCGGCGUCUGGCUGAUCACUUUGGAGGCAAAUUACACUUGGGCUUCAUUCAGAUCCGUGAAAAAUUGGACCAGUUGAGGAAAAUGGUGGCAGAAAAACAGGAGAAAAGAAACCAAGAUCGUCUGAGGCGGAGAGAAGAGAGAGAAAGAGAGGAGAGAAUGGGCAGACGGUCUGGCUCCAAAAAUAGAGAUCGCAGAAGAUCACGAUCUCGGGACAGGAGACGAAGGCGCUCACGAUCCGCUUCCCGCGAGAAACGGAAGUCCCGCUCCAGGUCCCGAGAGCGAGACAGACACAGACGCCAUCGGAGCCGCUCACGCAGCCACAGCAGAGGUCACCGCCGGGGUUCCAGAGACAGGAGUUCAAAACACAAAUCCUCUAGAGACCGAUCUUCAAGAGAAAAGUCACGAGACAGAGAGAGGAAAGAGAAGAGCUCUUCUGAAAGACGGCAUGAGAGCACAAAUGGCAAAUCUCGUUCCAAGAGAUCGGAAGAGAGAGAAGCUGGCGAGAUCUGAACUCAAAUGAUCUGUAUUGCACUGUAAAUAGUCUGAUAAACAUUCUACAAAAAGCCUAAAUUUCCCAUUUAUAUUUACUGAACACAACUCAUCUUUUGUAGUUUUGAAUUUUUAUUAUUUGGCAGAUAGCUGUGAGUUUGUAGAGAUACAGAGUUACGUACUGUUUACCAGGAUUUUGUUUUAGUAGGAAUAAAUAAAUCUGAUGAAUUGACUUCAACACAGGUCAGUGAUUUACAUAUGUGUUGAUUGGCAUGACCCAAGGAAUGCAGCAGUUAGAGCUAGUGCUGUGGUUGGAAACGUAACCUGCUGUAUCAUUUGUAACACUGAUGCCCUUCUGGAACGUCCACUUGCCCCUUCACACAAUUCGAGUUUGAGAUCAUCAGUAGCACUGGUGCUACCUCAAUUCACAUUUUUCCUUUGGUUUGUGCACAUUCAGAGGAAUUUAAGGUUUUUCUUGCUUUUUUUAAGUGCUUAGCAACUCAUUUUGUGUUUCCAGUGUUUGAGAAACAUCUCAGUAUUCCAGCUAAUUUAGGACAAACAAAACUAGCCCCUAAUUUCCCUCUUAAACAACUCCAGUUCAUCUUCAUGACGAUGACCAAAGUACCUGGGGCACAAUACUGAGAUAUGCUUGGGCCUAUCCCUAGUAAUAUUUACACAUACCUACUAUAAAAAGCCUGUGUUCAAGUGAAACACAAUAUCUGGAUUGAUCUCUUUGUAACGGAGUUCAGUCAUGCUUAAUGGAGGUAGCCUUCCAAUCAGGGUGGAGCAGAAUUGUACUUUGUACAUGUGAUGGCACCUUGAGGUAUGGCCUCUUAAGACAGAAGGUUGCCUAAUAAGGGUGGGCCCUUGGCCUGGUUUCUGUGUAUAUGAAUUUACACUGAACUGACUUAUCUCAUUGGUGCUUACAACUGAGGUGAAAGAACCUGGACUAUAACACAGUGUGGGAAAAAUCAAAUAUCUGUAACUAGAUUAAUUUUAAAAUUAGGGAGGAAAAACUUCCUCUGAGUUCACUGUGUCAGCCACAGUGGUGAUCACAAGGAUUGUGCUAUUGUGAGACUUCCCACAGAAUAAUUUAGCUGAAGCAGUUAGUAUGUGCAGAAUCAUGAACUAAAGUAAUGUAACUCCAGCCACUGCUGUCCAGUUUUGACUUCCCAGCCUACUCAUUAAUUAGGUAAGGCAGGUAUCUGAAAUUAACACAGUUAAAUCUUACCAUUUUCCUAUAGUGGAAACUUAAGGUAUUUGUAAAUACUAUUGCAUUAGUGUGGGCAGUGUGUUGGGGUUUUCCAGCCAUUUUUUUUCCUUGCUGAGCCUCUGAUAAUUCACUUAACUCUUCGAUUUCCUUUAAUUUGCGGGGGAGUGGGGGUUUUGUUUGUUUUUUUGCAGAGGUGCAGGAGUUGUCCUUGGUGUGUUAGUCUUCUAGAUGCAUGUUUAGGUAUUGGGGGGAAUCUAGUUCCUUUUUGUUUUACAAUUAAUAUUGCAUUUUAAUUAUUGUUUUGUAAUCUCUAUGUAUCGCAAUCGGUGAGCUCCUGCUUUUCAGGGCUCUUAUUUACAAGGUCAUCAUUAGAAUAAAUUAACCUGUGAUGAGGGAACAUCACACAGGUUGGCAGCUGAUUGAUAUGCUGGGUUCAACUCUUGUCUUCAGUUACACCUGCAGCUCCUGUUGAAGCCAGUGGCAGGAGUGUACAUGUUGCUGAGAGCAAGGCCUGGCCCAGCGUAUUUCCUUUCUAGGAACACAAAAGAUCUAAUAACAAAUAAAACUCUAAAGCUGAUCACACAAGUGUAAUGGAGUGUUAGAAAGGAACCCACCAUGCAUUGAUUUGUUGUAUGUUGCGGUUUAUCAUGUUGGAGCAUUUUGUUCUUUAUAGCACCUUUGCUUAUGAGGAGUUUUGGUCUAAGUAUAAAAAUGUAAGUAAAAUAUGCUGUUCUCUUGCCAGUCUUACUCACAUUAAAGAUUUAUGUUUGUGGC